AAAGCGCCGGGGGCGGCGAUCAGCGCCGCAGCUUCUCCGGAGCCCGAGACUCCAACGGGCACAGAGGGUCGAGGUUGGGUCAUCGAGCCAGGUCGGCGCGAAGGGUCUAGCUGACCACGAGGACUCGCACCCAGACGCGAGGCCGCACCUUAGGCGCGGUGUUCAGCUGAGACCCGAGAUCGAGCCAAAGGUGGAAUAAAAUAAAAACUAAAACUAUACCAGGAUCGGGGGCCACACCGAGAGCGGGCACUGAACCGAGGGCACGGGGGAAUGAAGAUGGACUGGGAAACUCCGAUUCGGGACUGAGAUCGAACCGAGACGUGGAAAUGUUCUGAGCAACCUGGGUCUGAACCGGGACACGCGAGGUUCAGCGGCGACCAGGGAUUCGAACCUCAUUCUCAAACGGUCUGCGUGGAGAUUGAGGAACUGGAAGAGAAGUCGACCGAGUGGGGAGGAGUCGAGGGAAGCUGAGUCGGGAGGUAGCUGAGCGGUCCGCGCCAACCCCGCACGAUGCUGCAGAGCGCGCUGCUGGCCGCGUGCUGCUGCUGUUACCUGGUCCUCGCGUCACGCACAGCCCUUGGCGAGGCCAUACACGUGCCCUUCAGCCUGGCGGAGGCGAGCGGCACAGAAGGGGGCUCGGUGGCCCUGAACUGCACGGGCACGGACCCCGACUUCACGUGGCACUUCAUCCCCGACCACGUGGAGUGCAAGGGCGACCCCGCGGAGCAGGACAUUGCCGAGCGCGUGCGCACGGAUUGGGAUGGGAAGCGCUGCACCCUCACCGUCAGCAAUCUGCGCUUCACGGACUCGGGGAUCUUCAUGCUGCAAAGGGGCUCGGGGGAGUCAUCGGGGGACUCCUCGGGAGACUCCUGGGGGCGAGUCCAAUCGGACUGGGUGAAUACGCGGCUGCGAGUCUCGCCAGACUGCUCCGCGAAGGCUCGCAUCGUCAUGGACCCCCCAGGAUCCGUGACGCCGUCGUCGAACCUGUCCCUGACCUGUCAGCUGGGCGAGAGGCCACAGGCCACGGGCCCCCGCAUCACGUGGACGCUCAACGGCGCCUCGAUCCCCUCGGAGGGGGACAACUCGUCGAGCCCAGUCCGAAUCGUCGACUCGGGGCUCCGCGUCGAGAUCACGGACGUGCAGGCGCGACGCCAGGGCGCGUGGAAGUGCGAGGACGAGGAGGGGCGAGCCGCCGCCUCCUUCUGCCUCACGUUCUCCACCACCCACACCUCGAGCCGCUGGCGCUGUCCUGACCUCGCCACGGCGACCCCCGCCUCUCACACGACCGGGACGCAAGCCGGGGGACUCAUCGACUCCGAGGGCCCGGCCACCACCAGGUCCCCCCGCGGGGGUGCCAUCGCCCCGGGACGCGAGUCCAGCACCUCCGACCGAGACCUCCCCGCGAGGUUCUAUCUGCUGGCGGGCGCUGCGGCGCUGGUGGUGCUGAGCGCUCUGCUGGUGUUGACGGUGCGCAGGUCCCGUGCGAGGAAGGACAAGGGCGGCCACUCGAUCAUAGCAGGGACACCACACUUCCCGCGUCGCAGCAGGUUUCACUUCGCCGCGCAGGAGAGCUACGAGUUCGACUCCGGGAACGAGCGGCGCCUCUACGCGCUGGGACCUCCGCCCGAGCACCGGGAGCCGAUUUACGCGGUGGUCCGGCCGCACCCCCGCGGCGCCCCGCGCACCCCGCCCGAAGUGACGCUGCUGGUUGCGAGUGGCAACCAGGACACGUUCUAUGGCGACUGCGGACUGAUACGCGUGAACCCGAUCUACCACUCCAUUGACCUGAAUGGUGCUCGGGAGGAGCCCCUCUCGUGGCGGCGAGGAGGGCGGUUGUGCAGCAUGCGGGACAACCCUGCCUAUGAGUCCGUGGACUCCGUGGAGCACAAAGCCAGCACCUGGGACGAGACGCGGGGAGGGGGGGGUGAGCGACCCGAGCACAAACCCACCACCCACACUCUUAAAACUUUCCCUUGUGGCAUGGCGAGUCCAGGAGCACGGUUGUGCAGCAUGCGGGACAAUCCUGCCUAUGAGUCCGUGGACUCCGUGGACCACAAGGCCAGCACCUGGGACGAGACGUGGGGAGGGGGGGCGCCUGUGCCAGACUAG